AUGCUGGUUAAAAGGAAUGGUGUUGUCCAGAAUCAUCCAGAUAUGCCUUCUGCUUAUAAGGGGAGAGUCAGCAUGGAAGCAACUGCCACCCUAGUCAUCGAGAAAGUAACUCCCAGAGACAACACCCAAUACAGAUGCAAAUUAUUUGAUGGUAUCACUAAUCCAGAAAGUAAAAUUCAGCUUCUUGUGACAGGUAUGUGUUGAAAAAUGACAUUUGUUGUACUAGAUUGCUCACACAUCUUUUUCUAACAGUGUUAAACACACGUCAAUCGAAAUGCACGUUCUUAAGUACCGUUCGGUCUGGUCGGCAAGUGCACUUGUAAUGUGUAUAUACAUGACGUGAAACGUGUGCACAUGGACAUUGAUGAUAUGCGACACAAGUAGAAAUUUGUUUGCAGAAAGGAUGUUGUAGAUGGAAAGUGAAUGUCUUCAAGGAAGUUAUGGCUAGAGAAAGAAACAUUUACGGCUCAAUUGAUUUCGGAAUUCCACAAGUCGUUUUCAUUAAUACGCUUUAAUCAAAUGUCCUGAAAUAUGAACAAAAAACACAAUGGAAAAAAGCAUGAAAUCGAUGUUGAAUAUAUUCUCACGGCGGUGCAAUAGAUGCAGUUCAUGCCAAUAAAUGAGGAAAAAACUAUUUGCCGGAAUUCCAUGCAAAAUUAAAGCGUGUUCUUUUUUAGCUCUUUUUUUUUAAAUUAAAAAACCAGCAAGUCAAAUCGCAGCAGUGUUUUUGGAAAAUCAUCAGAGUAGGAAAUUGCAAUUUGUUUUCUUCUUGAUGUGUCGUUAAAAAUGUUUAUGGUUAUUCAUGAAAAUAAAUAGUGCCGAAAAUAAAUUUUUAUCCUUGGCACCAAGGAUAAAAAAAAUCUGUCUAUUUUGAUGUUGCAAGGUGAAUUUUUAUGAGUAUCGCAACUCUUACCCUGCGCUAGUGGAUCGUGGUGAGUUUCAGAGAGGGUAUAACGUCUGAUCUAGUGAGCGCAGUCUGAAAUGACGGGGGUCCGUGCCAUAGCACGUCAAAUGUCCCUGUGAUGCUUCUUACUGCAUAUAGGUUUUUCAGCCUUGGCGAAGUUAAUUGGGUAGCAUUUACGGGGAAUCCUUUAGACCAUUCUGUCUACUUUAUUUGAGCCAAUAACGUCUAUUGCUGGCGCUUAAUGGACUAGUGUCUGUGUCCCUGUCUUGGAAACAGUGCGGAAUGCUGUUGGUUCUGAAUACCUCCAUUCGAGCGCUGAUUUAAAGAAUUGGUUGUACUUCUACACCUUGAUGAACAAAUUAUCACGCCUCUUCAUAAAACACUAUUCAAGGACAUGCAUCACUUAUAGAUUAUAUUUACAUUUCAGCUUCUCUUAAUGAAACGAUGUUUUAAAAUUGUUAAAUUAUAGUAAUGUUGAGUCAUUCUUAAUUUUAAUGCCACUAGGAACUGUCUUUGCAUAAAUGUAAGAGUUCUCCCAAAAACUAAGACCAAUUAAUUCGACAAAUCAGUCUUGAAUUGGUUACGAAUGCGUCUUUUCCUAAUUUUUUUUGACAAAUGCGCAACGAUGAAACCAGUCGGUCGAAGGUCAAGCCUUUAUUGGCCCUCCCUGUGUGAGAACAAUGGGCGAAAAAAUGUUCUUUUUGUUUGGGAGAUAAACUGCAAUUUUCUUAUGAUAACAGACUAGCAGUGUACUUCAUCUUAAACCUUGUGCGCCCCCCGCGCGCACGGGCCUAUAGAAACCUAGAGAAAGUUAACGUGUGUAAGGCGGACGUGUUGACAAAUCCGGUUCAGAAAAAGCCGUCCGGCCCUACACUCAGACGGCUAUCUCGAAAAAUUAAAAAAAAAAGAAAAGAGUAUAAAAAGUGCCUUUUUUCGAUGAAUUGUGGUUCUCGCUCGGUCAAACAACAGAAAAUUUUUAGAAUCCUUUUAGAGGUUGCCCCACGAGCGCCCGUCUAUUGUAUACUUUUAGUGGUCAUGCUUAUUGCCUGAGUAUCAUACUCAGGCAAUAAGCAUGACGGUCGGGCCGGACGGGAAAAUAUUAGGCUUCUGUUUUGUUUAACAUCCUGGUAACCCUGAUUUACACAUCAAGAGCUUUGCGAGGGUAAGGAAACAUCUUUUAAUACUGUGAAUCCCGCAUUUUGAAAUCACUGGAAAAAUUGAUCACUUCUUGACGAUAUUGCUACCGGUUCAUAUGAAAUAUAAGUACUUUUUGUUUGAAGCUCACCUCUGCAGUGGUUUUAGAGUACUCACCAAGGUUCUUAAUUGUAGCAUUCAGGUACCAGCCCCUAUAUUCGGUAAUUGGCGAAGAAUAGCGCCAAGCAGGAAGAAUAAACCGAUAAAAAAUUUCUUAUGAACGUAGAAAUUUAAUAAUUUAAGGACAGCUUCAUCUUUUUUUCUCUUGAAACACUGUCUGACUUUCUAAAUGUAUUUUGAGCAUCCGAUCCAUGAUAGAAACACAAUAAUAUGUAAAGGAUCUCCUAGUAUUUUCUUUCAUUGCUUGUUAAAUAGCAAAUGUUUUGUCUGGUUGUUUCCAGAUCCACCAAAGAUCACCCACAUCAUGAAUGAUACGAUAGUCAAUGAUAGUAAUACAGUGACACUAGACUGUCAAGCGGAUGGGUAUCCUUCGCCUACAAUCAAAUGGAUUUUCGCUCAUGACAACAGUAAUGUCACUGGGUUGCUUUACAUCACUGGUAAACAGAAAGAAGGGUUUUAUAGAUGCAUUGCCGAAAUGGCGUCGGAAGGGAUGAAUCUUCGCGAGACGUCUACAUUACUGUUUUUCGUGAGUCGAAUCCCGCUGCUAAGUUAGCUAAGACACGAUUAGUCAUUAUCAGUCAUUUGUUUCGUUAUCCUUGUCUAUUUGAACAGCAAAACAAAAGUAAACCUUUGUGAGAGGCCUGUGUUCUCAUCUGGAGUUGGUCACUCUACUCCCUAUGUAAUACCUUUGAAAUAAUAUGAAAAUGGUUCUUUCGUCUUGAUGAUGAAAUACCAAGGUGUCUUGUGCUUAGAAACAUUACUUCUUAAACAUGCCACAUACACUCUCAGGCUUUUUUUUUUUUACUUCCUUUUUGAUAUAAGUUAAAUUCUAUUUUUUUUUUUUUUUGUGAUAGAUAAUAAGAUUCCUAAAAAGGAAUGUCGUUGCUCCUUGUAUCAUAUCAGUGUAAAAAAGGAAGAGGGCAUGGCCGCUCGGUGUUUUAAACUUUUUCUUUUUCUUUUUGUUUUGACACUACCUGCCGUCGCACUGGCAGGUAGAAGAAACCAUCUGCAGUCGGAGAUUUAAUUGGUUACCUGUGCGACCACCUAAUGUACUCUUUAAGUUCGAUUUCUUUCAGUUUGACUGUUUAUUCUAUUCUAGAUUAUCGCCCACUGAACACAACCCUAAUAAUUAACAUCGGGGACAGUUCUGUCAUUGUGAACCAAACCUUCACCAUCACAUGUGAUAGUCAAGCCAACCCCCCAGCUACGUAUGAAAUAUUCAGGGAAGAUGGUAAUAAUGUUGGUAGUAAUUCAGUUCUUACAACGUUCGUCUCAGAAGUGGAAGAGAAUAAUAGGGUGACCUUCACGUGCAAAGCAUCUAAUGCUUAUGGAGACGGACCGACGGCAAAAAUUACCGUGGAAGUGUAUUGUAAGUGUAACAGUUUCGAGUCGGUAUGUUAGAUGUGUAGCCUCACAUUUCUAUAAAUAUGCUUGUACAUUAUACUGGUAUUACAAACGUCUGUGCUGUAUUUAAACAUUUCUGUUUUUCUUUUUUUGUAUGUUUUUUUCCUCUUUGAACUCAAAUUUUUUGCUGUGAGGUCAGAUGAACGAUUUAUCGACAAAAAAAGGACUGAUUUUUUUCCCGCAUUACAUAGUUAAAAUUAGGUUAAAGCCAACUGAUCAAUUUCUUCGAUUUUGGAAACAAACAUUUUAAAGUAGAGCCUAGUAAAUUUUUCCAACCUCUGGAUUGGCUGUGCGUCGACAAAGACAUCACCAAAAUGAAAAAUUUUAUAAACUGUAACUGCAUGUAAAUUAUGAGAUAAAAAAUUUUGUCAACACCAGGACAAAUUUCCUAGAGCCCUCCGGUUUUGGUAAUUAGCAAAGAAAAACUUCUCCGAGACAACAGUUAGAGGUUGGCAGUACACGUGGUUGUUGAACAGACGAAUUUUCCCUUCUAAUCCAAAUCUGAGUUCGCCAAGAACUACUCUGGUUCAUUUUGAGAGUAACUGACAUGUCGACAACUUUUCUGGUUCUCGAACCUUAUACAAAAACAGAAUAUAACAACAAAUAGAAAACUCAGCUUUAGCUCAGCAUCAUCCGGCAAUUAUUGUCCGUGAGGCUCUUCGGUUGAAAUAAUAUUUACAGCAAAUAAGCUUGCCUAUGAUUUAAAUUAAAACCCCUAUUUAAAAUAAAGUUUGCAGAGAGGACGAAUAUGGAUUUUACUGCAAGUAUCAUCUCCCGCAGCGUUAUUUCCCUGGGUCUGUUGGGAAUGUGUGAAAGCAUGUCAAACUGUAGGGGAUCAACUUAUCAUCGCUAGUUAUUGGGGUCCUGGUUAGUGUUGUAAUGCGACUCCAUAACCUUUCAAACUAUAGAGAUCAAUGUGUCAUCGCUCGUGAAUGGAGUCCUGGUUAAUGUUAUGAAUGUCGUAAUAUGAUUCUUUAAUCUUAAUAAAAGACUCCAUUCUUUUGCCUGUUGUCCUGUUGUCUUAACCGGCUUUCAACCACAAGUUGUUUGUUAGUGGUAGGAUGGCAUGUUCUUUCUACGACAUAUUUGUGGGUAUGCAGCUAUCCCGUAUGGUGAAUAACUAAAAGCGCUUUCCAGUAGCCUGUUGGUAAACGGCUUUCUCCCAGAUCUUCACGGUCAAUUGAUUUCGUGGGCGUAUCGAAAUAUCGAGCCAGACACCCUUAACGCAUGCGUACUUGUCUUCAAUUAUUCUGUCAAAAAUACCCUUUACAUUUCGAGCAUGUCUAAUCAGCACGACUUGUUUAAUAUGAGAGGAACUGUGAGAAAUGUUAACUUGUAGAGGUGAGUCAGUGGAGUUAUGGUUAUCCUCCCACCUUUAGAUUUUUAGCGCAAACAUAGCUUACAUACACGGAUACACAGGAUAGGUACGAGAUGAGAGAUGAAUAUGCAAAAAUGUUUCAGGGAUGAGGCCUUCUGUGCCACUUGGCGCGAAGAAGUUAGGUGAAGGUGAAGUUGCCACAAUGAAAUUUAAUAAUUGAAAGAAAAUGUUAACUUAACAUACCUUAGUUUUUCAAUCAUUAAUUUUAAGAGAAGGCUUUGGCUUUGACUUGUGAAAAUGCUUGCAAAUAGAUCAUAAAUUUUAGAAAAAGGGAAAAGUCUCUGCUUAAACUCAAAGCCAAAAUGCUGACUCUUAAGUUCAAGCUGGCAGUGUCCUAAUACAAAGUUUUUUGAGCCACAGCAUCCUAUUUUAUUCCUAAGUUAAUUUUUGGCCUUUGCCAGUGGACUGCAAGAGUUAUUGUUACAAUAGCAAACAGAAACUGGCGAAAAGAUAAGUCAUCUUGGCAGUCCUGUUGAUAAAAGAUGUGACAUCUUCACAACAGGAACACUGAUUUGCUAAAGUAACAAUGGAAGCAGAAUGUUAUCUUGCAUAUGCCUAAUUCUUCUAUUCUUGAUUAUUUUCUUCUUCCUUUCUUUCCCAAUAUUUCAACUACAAGAAGGCUUAGGCUCAAAUAAUUUAUUAUACCAUUUUUGCCUACAUUUAUGUCAUUCUAGAUCUCACAGUGAACACUAGUGUAAUAGGGAACACAGUUGUGUGGCAGAUGAUAAUGAUCAAAUGAAUAAGUCUACUGAAUUCAUUUAAAAGUACUAUAUUUACACACUAGAUGGACAGUACCAUUGACAUGGAUAUUUCUCAAAACAGGUCAAAGCCUAUCAUUUGGUCAGAUAGAAACACACCCAAACUACUGUGUCAUGCACCAGGUCGGUUAGUAAGGGCUAUUCUUCAGGGUUCUGAUAUUCAAAAUUACACCAGAGUUAAGAUAGUGUGCACUUAUUUCUAAGAACUCAGAAAACAACACACCAGAACAGAUGGGUUCUCAAGGCAACCCACCCAGUUUUAACUUUGUUUAUUUACUUUUAGAUAUGCAAACAAGUUAUACUUGGUUUUACUUCCAAUUGGUCAAGAAAUUGGCAUUAAUGUCUAACAAUGGAAAGCCAAUAUGAUGAUAAUUAGUUAUUAUUACAGAAAACUAUACCAUAAAAUUUGACACUGAGUUACUGAAAACAACUCAUACUUCAUAAUAUGGGAUUAACACAAACAUGCUGGUACACAUUUUGCAAUUCAUUUUCCAAUUGUAUACCUGGCCAUCCAUCCAACAUUGUGGCCUUUCUGUGCUGCUGGAACUGUUUUUGUGAUAAAUUUUUUUUUGUUUUUAAUUUACUGUGGUGUGACUUUCCCUAAUCCAAUGCAAUACAAUAGUUUACUGACUGUUGCGGAUGUAUUUUCUUCCCCUUUGAACUCCAUCACUAGAGAUAUAGGCUCUCUUUCAAGCUGGAUUCCUAUUAUUGCAGGAAUGUUUUUGUGUGUGAGAGUCUACAUGAUUUGUGCCUCCUUUACCAUCUCUUUAGUGCUUUGCAUCAGACAUUGUUUUUCUACCACAAGAACGUUUAAUCUUUUGAGAGAUUUUAAAAUGCACCGGCCAUAUGAACCCUGUCCUAGUAUUAGUUCCUUUUCACUGAUUGGUUGAAGCUCAGAUGGGUCAAUUAAAAUUAACAGUGGCAAAUUUGCUACUGGGUGGUCCUGAUUUUGUAUUCCUGUCUCUAAUCUGGAAUAAAGUAAUAAACAGAAGAAAAGUGAAGCUGGUCAGCUAGAUUGUGUAAUAAGUGGUAAUAGGGCUGAGUAGUCUUUGGUCUGUAAUCAUAUGAGUGAUAAAAAAAUCAGACGACUGCAUAGUGGGAGUACAAUUUGUUUAUCACGAGUGUGAUUACAGACCGAAACAAAUGACACAAAGUCCUUUUACCAAUUAAUCAUAAAAAUUACAAUUUCCAAAUUAAAAAGAAAACUUAAAUAUUGUCUUUGCUCAAGGGAAACCAAUUCUCUGUUUUGAAGAAAGCCCCAAUUUAGGAAUCUGUACACUGUUUCUAUGGUGAAUGAAACCAAGGUUGUGAUUGAUUGAUUUAAACCACAACUUUGAAUGUGAUUGGUUGACUUAAACUACAACUUUGAAUGUAUUUGGCUUAUUGAACUGUCCAACAACAACUUGGCAAGUGAAUUAGUGGAAAAUAGGAGUUUUUAAAACUAAUCACAAUCGAGGAAAUUGUAAUUCCCAUGUUAAUAGAUUUAUUGAUAAACUUUAUCCCUUUCAUAUAAUACAAACAGAACUUUCCAAAAUUUCCUGACUAUUAAGGUACUGACCUAUCCAUGAUAAAAAUAAAAUUUCCCUGAUGAAAUGGAUACAAAAUGUCCAGUCUCCUCUUCAUUAAAACAUUGCUGAGAUCAUCUGAAAUAUUUCUUCCAGCAUGGUAUGAAACUCAGUGAUGUAAAAACUUUAAUUUCCCUGACUUUUCCCUGACCUUGAAAUUUCUAUCCCUGGCCAUUUUUUGAUCUGUGGUAACCUUGGUAGGGCAGGAUCAACACUACAUGGCAAGAUGGAAGGGAAAAUGCUCAAAGCUCAAUGACUGUCCUUUUCAGACGAAAGUUUAGCCUGUCUGCUUGGCAAACAGAAAUGAAUUAAUUCCCGCUAAAUCAUUUCAGAAUGAGGCAAUUUCAAAUGGGGAUUCCUUGCCUUAUUUUACGAAAAUGAUUGUAGUUUUUUUUUUCAUUUCAUCAUAAAAAGGAGAAGAAUUUUGAGGGCUACACUCUCCCCUCCCCCUAUGAGUUUAUGUUGAAGUCAACCCCAGGACGUUUUGUACAAUGCAAGACAAUGCUAGUUUGAUUACGUUCAGCUUCAGUUCGGUGGUAUCGUUUUUUGUAACCAACUGCUCAUUUUCUGAUAUCUAUUUUAUUCUAUUUUGACGCAAACCGAGUACCUACCUUGGUUUUGUCCAGGGUCUUUUUAUUCUGUUCGACUAAUGCUUUCCAUUUGCCAUAAUACAUUCGCGCCAAGAAUAUGCAUCUCUUUCCUUUUGUGUUCUCAUUUCUCUGUUCUCCCUUUCCCUAGCUGUCCUUGACAAUCGUUUACGUUUCCUCCUUUGAUUUCGUAUGCUGCGUUUUUCUUCGAUUGUACUUUCCCGAGAUCGUCGUGGCAUGAUUAUUUUUUGCCAAGCACGCGCCAAGCGCGCGCUUUUUGUUGGCGAUCGUCUUCGGUACUCGAUUUCCUGUGGCUGAGUUUGUGCCCGCGUUUCCAUUCUGAUAUAAUGUUGUAGAAAAUUCUAGUGGACAGCGGCCUAUCUCAACGCGAUAAAACGAUAAAAAUUAACCGGAAAGCUUUGUUCGCAGUGAAUGUACAACUACGAAGAAUUAAUGUGGAUGAAACAGGGUACAAGGUUUAUGCAAGGACUACCAGAAAAAAAAAAAAAAAAAGCAGUUGAAAUCCUCCAAGUAUAAAGUUUUUUUAAAUGUAAAAUGCAUUUUCCACGCGUUUCAAUAUCACCCGACCUGCCACAGACUUCUGAUCAGAUUUAUUUAUUAUUCCCUCAUCGGUAGUAGUAUAUCCUGUGCCAAUUACGUAAGUGGAAGUCAUGUUUACUGACAAAGUUUGACAAGCGAUGACGUGUCAUUGAUGCCUAACAUUCCCUCAUCGGAAAAUUGAGACAUGUAUAGGUCUGUUGGUGUUCUGGUUCACUUUCAGUUAAACGACAUUUCUGUCACAAAGUGACGAGAUUAUGACGCCUUGCGGUAAGCAUAUUGAAGCAACCUGGAGCGCUACCAGAUACUCCAGAAAAAAAGCCCAUACAAAGCCUUAGAAAAGUUUUCUAAGGCUUUGUAUGGGACAACGGGAGGUACUUACAGUGCACGCGUUUUCCGUCCUGUCAUGUUUUUCCUCAUACAAAAGAAGAAAGAUUAUACGUAGUAGCCCUUGGUAAAGAAUCCAUGGUUGAUAAACAAGAAAGAGGAGUUUAAAACUGUCUAUUACAAUUUAUGUUUAAUUUGCAUGACUUUCAUUUAGCUUCAUACGAGCGCGUGAUCGAUAUCGAUGCCAUCGACAGUCGUGUCCAUUCGACACAUUCACAAACUUCACGCAUAGUUUACUCUUAUUGGAACGUUUCUUCGAAAGGAAAGUUUCUAUAAUUCGUGCAAAUGUCUCAAGUGUUUAACAGAAAUCGAGUUUUCUUCCAUAAAUUGCACCAUGGGUCCCGCUGUUUCGUCAAUUUUGCCGACUACGGUCGACGAUUUCACGAGGAUGAUCGUGCACUCGGUCCCAGUCUCAAAACGAAGAGGGCCCUUCUCUUCUAUCCCAUCAAGGGCUUCAAAGGAUUUAGGCACAACUUUCGUCAUUGAAGCGUCAGCAAAGGUCUGACAAGAUGAUUUCUUCCCGUGAUUAUGAAAUAUAUGUACUCUUUCUUCUGCUGGUAAAGUUUCACGGGUCAGGUAAGCGUGAAAUUUAUUCUCCCGUACAAAGGAUUUUACAGUGUUUUUUUACCAUGGGUCAUUGUAAGCUUGAACAACGAAAACGCCGACUUCAUUUCUGAACGUGAUGUUCGCCAAAAUAAUUUCUGUACUCCAAGGUGGCCUUCAACGGUUUUUGUAUUUCAAGACUAGGUAAAAUUUCCGCACAGCUCCAUACUAUUGUAAAAGACAUCUGUUUUCCCAAUGCCAAAGUAUUGUUUUUGUCAUUGUUUUCUCUAUCCAAGAACUGAAUGCAUAAUGUAGGAUGGGGCUGUGCGGAAAUUUACUAAAUUUAGAUAUGACCUUGGAUUUCAGUCACGCGAUAAAUGGAAUCUGAAUAACUAUGAUACGAGAGAAAUCAAGAGCAAAGGAUAUUUUGCUUAGAGUGUACGUAACAAUACAAUACGUACGUUCAGAAUUUAACAUCAACAUUGAAACUUAGAGGUGUGCUAUUUUCUUGAUUAGCGUGAGUCGUCUUCUUAGCCAUGAGAAAAGUUACUGCUUUGUCAGGUGGCUUUCCAUUACAAACAUGAUGGUUAUGCAAACCCAGGAAAGAAUUGCUAUCUGUACUUAAAUUCUCUACCUUGCCAUCCAUCAUUUAUUAUUGGGAAGAGCUGUAAACAAUUUUUCCACUCAUUCUUUUUGAUGACCUCAGCAAGGAUUAUUGCUGCUAGCUAAGUUGAGUGUGACUUUUCCUCCAGGCAGCAAUCAUGUAAAGAUACUCCGUAAAUGCACUUGGAUGGAUAAUUGAGCAUUAUUUGCUUAUACUAACAUGUAUGAUUUGUCUACCUGACCAGUAUUUAGUUUUAUGCACAUAUGAUUGUGGUAUCCCACACUGGUAGUCAUGAUUGACUUAUUUUUGUUUGAUCAAUAAGAAUUCCCCACUUUUCUUUGUAAAAGAAGAAGGUAACUGAGGAAACUUCACCUUCCACUUUUCUUAUGCCUCCUCUUUAAGUGACUGUUCGAUCUCAUGCCUAAGGUCAUUUUGGCACCUUGUCAGUGGUAUGCUCACCAAAUAAUGACCUCUGGGAGAGAGGAAUUUUUAUCCCAGAAAUUGUGGGAUUCCGAUUUUUACUGCAUGUGGACACAGUAUUAGUAAAAGCAUAAACACUCCCAUGGUUCUCCCAUUGCGUUUAAAUUAGAGUGUGCUUUUCAGCCUUGAGCAAUGCUAUAAUGUAAGUGUGCCCCCAUUGAAGUUGUCUACGUUUGCUAAAAGUAGCACCUUGUAUGCUGGCAGUUGUAUGGUCAUGUGAUGAACCAAAUUUUCACAGCUUAUUUGGCUUACCAAAAAUUAUUAUACUCGUAGAUGGAGGAAGGGACAUCUUCCUUGCAAAUCAUAAAUCCGUCAGCAAUCUAAAGUUUACAACUGAAUCCUUAUCUAUAACAGGUUUUAACAUGUGUCAAAAGUACAUGUACUUCUAGACAACUUGUGCCUACCAAUAACCUUAUGGCAUACAGGGUGUUUUCAGGUCAUAUCCCCUGAAUAGUGCUCUUGACCUUUCUUCUAAAGAUGAUGUGUAAUCAGUAUGCAGUAGAAUCCUGUGCUUUCCAUUGUCAUUGACUGCAUCAUUAAACCGUUGGUUAUAUUAUUUCAUUGAUCUGAAAACUGUUUUAUUUGGAGUGUAGAAUGAAAUUAAGUCAUAGCAGAAAUUGUUAAAUCUUAAAAUCUUUUGAGCAGAAAUAAAUCUUCUGUAAGGUUGGCAGUUUUUGACUUGAUGUCUUGUUUCUUUAUUAACAGCGGGUCAGGUACAACUAGAAUCAUCCUACAGUGGAAGCAAUAGGACUGUAAAACUUGGUUCCUCUUUUGACUUCUCGUGGAACUACACUGGUGACUUACGCCGUGUUGAAUGGGGAAUGAAACGUAGGGAAAUAUAUGACGUAAAUGUCACUCUAUUCAUCCUUGAUAGAUAUGGGCAUCUCACCCCAAAUGUAUCACAGUAUAAUGGCCGUCGUUUUGGCAGCAUGAAUCAACAGUCACCUGGUCAAGUCAAGUUCACUCUAAAUCCUAUUAAAGAGGUUGAUAACCAGGUUUUCAUCUUCAAAUUUACCCCAAAUAACCCUUCAGCUCCAGAUGUGUUUGAUAUGGUGCAAUUAAUUGUGACAGGUAAGAUUUUUAUCGUACUAUGAAUUUUUGUUUCAUCAUGGAGGGUAGUAUUAAUUUGUUAGAAUGGGCAAGUGAUGCUAUUGAGUUUCAACAAUUCUGAAAGGAAAUAACUUCAAUGCACAUUGCAAACAAAAAAAUUGUUGUCAUGAAAAGUGAUGUUGUGGCUUUACCCUUAAGAGAGCCUUCACAACAGUUUCCUCCUUAUGUGGUGUGGGUAAUAGGAAAAUUUAAAUGCAUGAAAACGCUGUCUCUAGUGCAGAGAAAGGUGUGUGAUUAAGACUUUAGGAGGGUUUUCGAUUUUUGAUGUUCUUUGCUAGCAAAAGUGUUAAAGCACUUUUGACACAUAACCACCAUAAAGUAUCCACCGAUGGAAAGGUAAUGGAAUGUAUUAUCUGGCUAAAAUUAUUCUGUUUUAGCUUGAUCUAAUCUUUGAGCUAAUUAAUAAGGUAACAAACAUGAUCACACAAGUAAAACACCUGCUCAAUUUCAAUCCUGAGGGUUGGUCUUCAAAGCCUUGUGAGGAUUUUUCAAUAUUCCAAUUACAGUCGAACCUGUAUUAAGUGGCACCAUAUUGAGUGGCUGCUUGUCAAAGUUCCAAAAUUUGUUCCUCAUAAUUACAGUAGUUUUUAGUAAUUUUCACCUCCAUGUUGAACGGUCACUUACAACAGAACCACUCAAUUAAAACUAAAAAUAACCUUUAACCUAAAAUUUACCUUAUUUACUCGUGUUUAAGUCAACCUUUUAUGACCGAAAGAUCAGCCCUAAAAAUCACCCUCAACUUAUAAACGAGUCAUACACAAAGACCUGGCCCAAGCAAUCCAAGAAAAGAUGACAAUACUGUUGGCAAGGGAUAUCGCUUAUGGUCCUCGUUGUGCAUGCUGACAGUCAAACAUUGUAGAAGAAUAACUCUUGAUCACUGUGCUUAUUGAAAAAAAUUAGUAAAAGAUUAAACUGAGAGAGAUAAAAAAUAUAUGAUGUCAUGGAGUUACAAGCAUGUGUAUGAUCUGAUUUGCAUGCCAAAAACGUUUUGCUGUUAUUAGUGUCUUGUAAGUUAUUAACCCCGACACCAGUGACAAGAGUUGUUUUGAUGGGAUUGAAACCAAGACAAAUUAACCACAAAUGAAUUCAGGCAAAUUUUCCCAUGGUAAAUCAAUUUCCUUGUGGUAAAAGUCUUGUAGUGUGAAAAUGUUGCUUUUCAAUGCCUGGGUUGAUACACACGCAUGCGAUAAACACCAAACCAAUAGAAGAUCUUUUCUCUCUGUAUGCCUUCCCAUUUGAUCUUUGGGGCAUUCUUAUAUCGAAGCAGUCAACUGAAAUCAUAAUGAGAAGAAACUAACUAAGUAUUGUGAUCAUAGCUUAAGAAUGAUCUGGAUUUUGGAGACGAGCAUAUGAUAAUUAAAAGAACCAAAAGAAAGGUAAAAAAUGAGCAAUAAGUUUCUCUUUGAGUAACAGCUAUGAGCUAGGUAAUAUAAUCACAAUUUAACAAGUUAUUGCUUACCAACGUUCACGGGUCUUGAUUACUUUACUGAGGAUUACUGUCUAACUUGUCUCCUAUUCAAAACGAUCUUGAUCACACGGGAUCUUAUCCUGAACUGAAAUGCUAACUAUAAUUUUCUAUCUAAAAAGAAUUAAUAAAGGGGGCAUCAAUCUACCCAGUAAAUAUUUCACAGCUUUUCUUGAAAGCAUAACACCUAGCUUCAACAGACGCAGUUACAGAGUGUGACCUAAUGUCGUAUUAUUAAGGGGUCAUCAAGCCAUUUCCUGUGAGUGACAAUAUUACAGGUUUGUCUGCAGUUGCUUUGCAACUUAUCUCUCAGGUUUUUUUAUUUAAAAGUUUUCAUCAAAUUUCUUUCAUUUCUUGUGCUUAGUACCAGGCUUCUUUUUUACUUUCAUCUUAGUACUCCUCUCCUUUUUAUCUUCCCCCACUCAGUCUAGUUCUACAUGCAGACAGGUAGCAAAGAUUACUUCAUGCAACUUAAAUCAGAUGCUUCUGCUAAUAUAAUUCAAGAACCAGGAUAUUUUGCUGCAAAAGAGCCCUUCUGAGUCAUUAAGGGAGACAUUAAAAUUGGCUACUUACACUUUGGCGGACUAAAGAAUUCAGUUCAAAAAUAUAUUUUUGUAAAUAACUUUCUAAAUAACAUUGACAAGUUGUCCAUAUUUUUCUUUUCUCAAAAGCAACUGAAAGGAUAAUUCCUAAAGCUUUUCACCUUUUCUUGAAAAAUGAAAACUAUAUGAUAAUAACAACAUUAUUAAUGAAAGGGAAGAGAUAAGAGGUUUAAUUUAUUAAAUAUUACAAUCAUUUGGUGUUUUUUUCCCAAUUGGGAUUCCCAAACCAGCUUUUCAAUUCUCAAUGCAUCAUUUACUAGCUAUUUUAAAGCAAUAGUUAAAAUUGCGAAUAUUUACCCCAAUGCUCAAUUGUUCAUGUGGUGUUAAUGUGGAUAUUGGUUUAACUCAUCGUUUGCUUUUGUGCGAGGCACCACAAACUGUAAACUUAUGCUUUUUAGUAGAGUAUUUUAAAACUGAUGCAGAUUUUGAUCAGCUGAGAAAGUGAAAGUUAGUUUGCUUUUUUUGGUUAUUCUUUUAAGUAUAUGCUACAUUUUAUAAUCUUAUUUCUAUAGCGUAUGAAGUGGUUGAUUUGAACCAAAUCACACUCUAAUGUUAUGGUGUGAAAAUUUUGUUGUUCUCUUCUCACCUAGUUCCUGUCCAGUUUACAGAAGUACCACAGAAUGUAACAGUUAAUACGUCAAGUCCUCUGUUUUUGAGUUGUGAUGCCUCGGGUUUUCCUGAACCUAAGAUAAGAUGGGAAAAGUCUGGGAUUCAUUUGUCCCACACCAAACAGUUGAACAUCACCAGCAGUAACAAGAACGAUGCAGGAGAAUAUGUUUGCAUUGCAAGCAAUGGAGGGAAACAGGAAAAGACAGUAAGAGCUUAUGUCACAGUGCAAUGUAAGUUUUUUUCAGUAUGUCAUAAACAGCUGCCACCGCUGCUGAAUCUAUGAUACAGUCAAACCUAUAUUAAGCAGCAGCAUAUUAAGCGGUCGCCCUGUAUUUAGUGGUCAGUUGUCAAAGUCCCAAUUUUUUGUCCUUAAUCUCUGCAAUGUUCUCCUCUUUUUAGUGGUCACCUCAAUUAAGUUGUCAUGGUCACCUUUGAGUGAGUGACAACAGCCUGUUUGUAUUGUCUUCCACUUGUAAUGAAUGGUCACAUGUAAGGCAGAACCACUCAAUUAAAACUAAGAAUGAUUUUUUUAGUAAAAUUAAAUCCAUUUUUCUCUCCCAAAACUAAUGUUAGUAGUAUUUUUAAGGAGUUUUUUUACAUAAAAUCAACUAUAGCAUAAAAUGACAUUUUUCAUCAUUUUAAUAUAACCCUUAUUCUGUGGAACCCCAUCUUCUGAGGGUGACUACUCAAUGCAGGUUUGACUGUACAUAAAUACACCCAUUUUCAAAACGUUGCAAUUGAAGAAUUCUGAGAAAUAAACACACCCUUUGUCCCAAUAAAAAGGUGGUGACAGAAAAAAUUAUGAGGAUAAAGGUACUGCACAAUGGCUGAUGUCAAGUCACUGUUUUACCUUCGUACUAUAGAAAAAAUUAAAGUUUUCUUAAUGUGAAUUAUACAUGCAUAUAGUGCAUCAACUUUUUGAUAAGAAAGAAAAAUUGUAUAUUUUUUCAAAUAGCAAAGUUUUAGAAAACGGGUUUAUUUAUAGGAUCUUAAUUGAUGUAGAAGACACUAUUCGUCACAAUAGAAUCUCAUCACAACCAGGAAUAAGAAAACAAUGAAAACAAUAGUGUGACGUAUGCUGUGUCUUCUACACCAAGUAACAGCCUAUUUAUAUAUAAUGUAUAAAUUCACCAAAACAUUUCCAUACAACAACAAACUCAAGUCACAGUCCAAGAAAAAAAAACCCUUAAAAUUUGAAAAUUUCCUCACCCCCAGACAAAACGAUCUGGUCCAUUAGGAGGGUUGCCACAAAGCACGGCUUCUAACUCUGAAUGGACAAAGCCAAAGCAAAUCCAGCCUCAUAAGAACUCAACUAAAAAAGCAAAUUUAAUAUCCCCCAUAAUUGAUUAGUCAAAAACAACCCUCCCCACCCCCCUGAGCUUUCCACUCAGAGACCCUUGCAUCCCACCCUAGAAGGAGUGGUGGCUGGGCUGCAUGUUAGCAGUAGCCUUGACUUUAAGCCCCCUGAUUUUCUUUAGCCAGGCUGGCUUGUCAAGGUGGAAAUUGAAACCUAGUCAUCUGGUUUUUGCAGCCCCUCCUAGGCCUGCUAAUUUGGACUUUCAAUCACCCUCCAACCGCUGGGCGUUUACCCACUAGCUGAGCUCUGGCAAGGCAUGAACCAAGUGUCAAUCUUGUAACAUAUUUGUUGCGGGCACAGAAGAUUUUCUGGCUGUAAGAGGGCAGGCUUUUCUUCUUUCAUGUAAAAAAUAUGGAGGUUAUAUAUCAUCUAUCCAAAAGCUCAGUGGGUAGUGGGAGAGAAUGAGGCUGAUAAUGACUAUGUUAUAAGAGGAAAUAUCCAGAAAAGGAUAAAAAGUAUGGUCUGCACAAUUCUCACAUUUGAAUUUUUAAACCUCUAAAGUUGAAGUUACAUUAAAGCAUGAUGUAUACUCUUGCCGAGGACAAAAUACAAAAAAGGUAGUCUACACUCAUGUACCCCUAAACAUUGAGGGUAGGAGGCAGGUCAAAGAAAAACAUGAAUUAAAAGAGGGGGGUGCCCAUUGAUUUCAGUCCUAUUUUUAGGAGAAUACUUGUUUUUCCAGAUCCCUGCCCUAUUAAAGUCACACAUAUUAUGACUAAUUCCUCAAGUCAUUAAUGCAUAGUUGAGUUAUCAGCAUUUGGAAAAAAGGCCAUGCACAACUAAAAGCUUGAGCCUGACUAUUUGAUGCCAUCCAAAUUACAUUACAUGUUACAAUGUGGUACCCUACAGGAAAAUUAUAAAAUCACACCAUUCUUAACAAAGGAUUAAACAAGUUAGAUACCAGACUUGCCUUGUUACAAGUUUCUGGGGCUAGGUACAAAUAAUAAAUCUGGUAAACUGUUACAAUUUAUACAAAGUUGAAAGUUUGAAAGCUGAAAGGUGUCGAAACCAUUCAACCCUAAUUAAGCAUCCUUGCAAUGAUAGGUCAACUACAGUACUGUACUGCCUUAACUUCUCCCAUACAUUCAUGCUUACAGGAAACCAGUAGGUGAUGUCUGUACUUGAAGUAGUUAAAAAAGCACAAAUGCAUUUUUUCAGUUAUCUCAUAGUAUAUGAUUGCAAAGGUCAUAUGGAAGGUACAUUCCUGCAUGGGAACUGACAUAUAAAUCACCUCAGCAAACUGUAAUCAUUAGAAUUAAAAGCCAAGGUGUAUUUACCAAGUGCUCAAGUUUCCAAAUUAGUCACCUUAUUGUGACAGUCAAGUUCACUCCUUUUAGGGGCCUUUUACAGCUGGACCAUCCUGUCUCAUGUAAAAACACCAAAUUGUGCUCUAAAGAAAUAAAUUGUGUUUAAGAGAAAGGAAUAAAGUGAUUGAAAAUUAUAUUUUACAUUAAAAACAUACAUGAAGCUGUUAUUAUAAUUACCGUAUUUACCCGUGUAUAAUGCGCGCCCGUGUAUAAUACGCACCCUAAUUUUUGACCUCUUUUUUCCGAAAAAAAAGAUUUCAUGACAAAUACCAAGAAUUAAAACUUCCAUUUUUUCACUUAAUUAACAAGAGCUGGGAAUUCAUCAAUAAUAUGUUUACAACAAUUUCUAACUAGUUGCUACUACAAAUAUCGCACGCACCGAGCACCUAUUUACAAGCUUUUUUAUUCAGUAACUGUCAAACGUUUUAUAAAUGUUGUAACUUGAAGUCCUUAUUAAUAUACCUAAAUUCACAACUUGAAUUAUUAUCAUAACAGCCGUUCAUAAACAUUAUUUCUACUCACAGUACUGCUGGUAGCUUGAAUAUAAUUACUGCAUUGCAAUUGCGUGAUUUAAGUAAAAUGUUCAAUGUCCUUAAACAACGAAACCUUCAAAUUCCGACUCACAGUCCGAUUCGAAUAGGUUUCGAUGACUGAAUCCUCAAGUUCAUCAGUGAUCUCAGUUGAAUUGUAAACCAAUUCAUCUUGUGAUCCAUUCGAAUUGUUUGUGCACCCACACUUCAGAGAGAGGCAGCGAUCAUUUCUGAUGGAAUGCCUUCCCACGCUUGUGAAAUAUACGAACAGAUCAGUUCCUCCGAAGCCUUUUUUUGUCGUCCAGUAAGUUCGUGAAUUCCAUCAGCCAUCCACUCCUUUCGGACUCCAUCUCUAAAUGGUUUGUUCAAAGAUACAUCGAGCGGCUGGAGAAGGGAAGUUCGCGUUUGAAGGAAGUGUUCACAGUAUCUGUCACGUGAGCCUCAAAUGAGUCGUAAAUAAGCAAGCUCUUUCUCCUCCCCAGGCCACCGAUCCGUGCAAUUUUACUUUCUUUGUUGCGUUUUUAACGUAUGCAAAUUAGGAUGUGCUUGACAAACAAUAGAAUCCGUGUACAAUACGCACCGCGAUUUUGAUGCUUGUUUUUAUGGAAAAAAAGUGCGCAUUAUACACGGGUAAAUACGGUACCUCUCGAUGUAAACAAACCUUAUAUGUGAUAUGAACAGAUUUAAUCUCAACAAGUUUGAAUGUAGAGUCCAAUUCUCCCCAAAUCCUAUGAUUUUUUGAUGGUGUGUACUUUUUCUUGUGGCCGGCUUUUUUUAGUAUCUAUCUUUUACAAGCUGACAACUGAGAAGAAUCACUGAUUAUAUUCUCAGAUGUCUUGAAGAACACACUGGCAAUUUGCCACAUUGUAGGAAACCCUACAACUGAUUAAAUUUAAUUCGAUCAAAAACAUGAAAGGCAUUGGAUGAAAUUAACCCGCACCAUUCUAGCCUCCCUUCUUAAGUAUUCUGUGAUCUUUUUUUAAUCGAGUGGUGAAGUUAAUAGUUUCCCUUCUUUCACUGUCUUCUGUUCAUUUGUAUGUUUGCUUUCCUAACAGUCUUAAAUAUAGUGUUACCAAGAAAUGUGAGGCCGGGGCAAAUAAAAUGUCACAAUCAUGACAGAUGUUAUGUAUUCAGUUUUAUACAUGCUGAGUGUUGCUUAAAUAUUACACUGCAGUAAGUGCAAUUGCCUGGUAAACAACAUUCUAUUAUUCCACCUAGGAGGAAGCUUCGUGUACACAAAAUUUGAAGUUCAGUGGCUUUGUCGGCUACAAAGAUCCACAGAGAACAAUAGCAAUACCAAACAGUUUUUUGAAAUACAUCUCUAUAAUAAUAGGUGUACAAAACUGACAUGUAUGAGUGAAGAAUGUCAACCAUUAAGGCAAUCAAGUGCUCUUGUGUAGAAUAAAGUUUCAAAAUUAUCGAAAUAAAACUAACCUCUUAAUUUAGGUUUUAAAUGUAGAAAUAUAUAAUACCUCUUUAAAAGGUUAAAAAAGCCAUACCAUUUAUGAAUUUUCAAACAAUAAACGCCAGAAAACUUAAAGUUAGAACUAAAAAAUGCGAAAAUAUGACCCAUCUUUCCACUGAGAUUUUAAUCAUUGCCUGGCACGCAGAGAUAUAGAAGAGGCUUUGUUAAAAAACCGAAGCAAUAAAAAAAAUGCAGACUCGAGAGAAUCAUACGAAAUUACUGACACCUGCUCACCUGACUUCAAUUUCUGGAGAGAAUUCUGCGACACUUCAGUUUUAUCUUCUCACACAUGAAUUAAAACAUAAAAUUUAAUUAUUUGAAAGCAGUUUAGGGGUGAAACUAAAUGUUAAAUCUUAAAUAAAAAGAAACACAUUACAGUAAAAUAAAGCAGAGGCAUAUUACCUUGAUGUUUCCGCCUCUGAACAAAGCUACAAUAGGAAUUAUAUAUGCAAUUGUUUCCCCAUGUGAACUGGGUGCAAUAGACGGCCGUAUAAGAAAUUUUACCCAAACGACAAUACAUCCUUCAAGUUGACAUGUAUUAAAUCCCGAAACAGCUAAACGAAACGACUGAAGUGGAACAAGCGAAACGAGCAAAAUGAAACGACCGUAACGAAAAAAACGAAACUAAUCAAGCGAAACCACCGAAACGAUAAAAACGAAACGAACCUAGCGACCAUACUGAAAUGACCGAAAUGACUACAACGAAAUGACAGAAACUAUCAAAAUAAUAUACAACUUGAAGGAUGCUGAAUAUGCUUCUGCUUCAUUUUAUUGAGGAAGUGGUACCAUGUUCUGUGAGACAAAGCAUUUCCUGUAGUUUGAACGAAUCGUCCAGUAGAAAGCAUAAAAUAUAUCGAUGAAAAAUUACCAUGUCCAAACAAUGCAGUUCACUCUUUUUAAAGUAGAACUAAAUCCAUGAAACUCGCGAGUUUGUUUGCAUCGUCGCUCUACUGAAGAGUUAAUGCCCGAAUCGUCAGCUUUUUAACUCUUUACGGUGGCCAAGUUACAUUAUCAACUCAGUUGAUAAUACUAAAUUAACCUAAUUUUUACUUGAGUUUUGUAGUGCACACGAAUCCAAUUAAAUGGGAUUUUCUAAGUUACGCACUCGAUCGCACGUGCGCAUUACCUUCUGUGUUUCCCUUCCUUACGUUAUGGCUGGUCAUACCUUACUCUACGAUCAAAUUUUCCGGCUUGAUGGGACACUGUUAUUAGUACUAUUUUUCUAUAAGCAUAAGCUACGCUUCGCUAUCGAAUCAGUGUAAGUCCUGUAAUUGAUUAAUUCAAUUUUAAACAAAUUGCGUGUCAACUUUCAGAGUCUCUUUCUGUGAAGGAUUGAAAUUAAUUACAAACGAUUUUUAGGCCGCGAGUCAACACAUUUAAUGAAAAUUUUUCUACCAAAAAUUAAAUUUUAAACUAUGAUUUUGCUGGCGUUUAAAGCGAUUUGGGGGAAAGAGAGAGAGAGAGAGAGAGAGAGAGAGAGAGAAGAGAGCAUUAACAAGUCAUUUAUCAGUUUGAGGCCGUGACCCACGUUUUUCCUUGAAAAUAGUGCCCAGCCGGCAAAACGAAAUUUAUUUAUAAAGAAUGGCAACGAAGGAACAAAUUACUCUACGACUUACGAAAGUGUUGGCGUGGCAGUGGGUAGAGAUAGGAAAAUACGGACCGCGCUAAGUACCCAUUAGAUUGCAGGAUUCGUUACUGUGCCCUCUGAGAAAAAAAUUAAUACACCUUAUUCUAUCUAGUUGCAAAGUAAUUUCUCCUAGCCUUGAAGAGGCGAGGAAAAAAUACGAGCAGCGACCAAAAAUUUUUGCUCCUAUUAUAUGUUAAACCAUCGAAUAAGGGAUUUUUCAUUCCACUAUUAUUUUCAGUUUUUAGUAUUUUAACUUUAGUUUGUGAAUUACAUCCUAUGGCCUAAUCUGUGCAUCGUAGCAAUCGCAUACGGUGUACUUCAACGACGAAAACAACUAGGACUAAACCAUUAAAGUGUUCUUUACGUUCUUUCCUGCUUAAAAGUUCGCUUCUUUAAAAGUCAAAUUUAAAAAACAAAACAAAAAAAUCAAAGUUUGGAUCGUACAGUCCGACCAAUAUGUUACUACGUAUUUUUGCCUUGUUGUAAAGUGUAAUACUGUGGCAUAUUUUGCUGUCAAUGACACAGUUGUGGAAUGAUAAAGCUCGUUAAUGUUUUCAUUUGUUCGAAGUAUCACCAAUUACUUGUUCGAUUGCUUAUAACAUUUUCAUUUAUUCUUAGACCCGCCCACAAUUCAAAAUAUCACCACGUCAUUUAAGAAGUCUUGGAUUGGCCAGACAGUGACUUUGAAGUGUCUUUCUGAUGGUGUUCCUACACCAACACUCUCUUGGUACAAACCUGAAGGAAGUGAAAUAAACAGAGUCAGAGCCAGAGAAAACAAAGCACAAGUGCCACUCAGGGGUGAUCAAGAUUUUGGUCAUUACAAGUGCAUUGCUGCCAAUGGACUUAUUCCAUCUGACGAGAAAUUGAUAAAGAUAAAUCAGAUAAGUAAGUAUAAAAGAUCAGUGUAUUGUGAUAAAAGAAAAAUUACAUAUAAGGUCAGCAUUUUAUUUUGCCUUUACUCAUUACCACUGUUUGUAGUGUAUUAGAAGUAAAAGCUGUCGACGCCUUGCCCUUUGGUAGCAUUAAACACGUUACAAAAGAGUGUUGAACAUCAGGUAGAUUGACGACAUCCUCCCAUGCGAGUAUCCAUAGGAAACUUCCUCAAGCAUGGACUCUAAAUUUUUCCUUUUCUUAUGGGCUCUUGGCUAAUUUAUCCGGCAGCUACAUGUAUAUUCAUUAAACUUUAAUAAUACAAGUACUUGCGUUCAUCUUAAGUAUUGUGACGAAACUCGCUUUGAGGUAAUCACCCAAAAAAUUUCUCCUUGCUUUUUUUUUUUGUUUUUUUGUUUUGCUCAAAAUGAUCCUUUUUUAUGGCACUAUGUAGAGAAACCAGGGAAAGCAUCCAUCAACUCAUCAGAAUCAGUCAUUCAAGCAACUGUUAUAACAAUACGAUGGACUGCACCAGCUGAUGAUGGAGGAAGUCCAAUUACAGGAUACCAACUGAUCUUACAAAAGGGUGAAACUGAGAUACAAAAGGUUUCUAUCACCGAUUCUGGGACAACAAGUUAUUCGUUUCGUGGUUUGAAGAUAAAUACCAACUACACGGUGAAACUGUUUUCCAGAAAUUUUGUAUUCGAGGGAGAUCCCACUGUAAGGAGAAUUAGGACUCUAUUUGAAGGUGAGGAAUCACAAGUGAUGUCGUGACUGAGAACUUUACAUCAAUUAUUUUUUUGCUAACUUAGAUUUUUCCCAGUUUUAACAAUAUUAUAUGCUCGCCGCAUUAUAAGUGUUUGUCCCCUCCUUAGUGGCCAGUUUCUUUUCCUUUCUAAUGGUUAUUUGAGAGGUACCCACGUUUGAAGAAGCCUACUAAUAAAUAAACCACAAGUGAAAGUAGGUGAGAUGAAAAAAAAAAAACGGUUUCCGUUUCAGACACCACGCCGACCUUUUAUUUCAAAUUACCUUACAUUGGCCCCUUUUCUGUUGUCAUGCAAAAAAGGUCUCGCCACUUUGCCGAGCGUUAUUGUGAUAACAUAGAUAUAAAGUUGCCUUUUUAAUCUUUUAAAAUAGGUAAUAUGUUUGUUGUGAAAGACCCUAUCCCACGUGGGCUCCGUACGUGUGUGGUUUUCAAGUUGUCAUGCUUGUUUUGUCGGCUAAACCUCUCGGCAUUUAUCCACACGUGUGCGUGAGCACUUGGUCUGUGAUAGAACCUCUCACAUUUUCAGACAUUUCCAAAAUUCUCAACAAUGUCGUGCUUUAUAUUCUGAUGAGUGUUUUAGCAUCUUAUAUCACGCUUCCAAAACUAUCCAACUUAAAAUCAAAGAAGCUAUUCACAUUCAGAGAGGGCAAGCUACACUUAAUCAUCAACUUUGUCUUGUUAAUUUGAAACUUACCUUGUAAUUGCAUAUAUUGUUCUGUUUCUAUCGUUUGUUUUGUCCAAUCAGCAUUUUUUUAUACAGUGUAAAUUCAACUUUGUAAUUUGUAUUAAGCAGAACUGAAGAUGACAGAAGAACUGUCGAAACGUGUUUUUAAAAGUCAUUUAUUUUCUUAAACCAACUGUCCCUUUUGACGGUGAACGUACUAAGUCAUGCGCGAUGUCAAACUUUGAAAAACAGAAAAUAGUUAGUUCCUUUCCGUAAUUACGUGACACAAAUGAGUGGUGAAUUGCGACGUCAUCUUUGCAUCGUCCUUCAUUUGAUCAUAUGUAAGUAGCAAUUAAAUGCCAGUAGAGAUCAGUGUAUCAUUCCGCUUCACUUUGUAAAUGCAUUAUUUGUUUUAGGCUACAACCAACCAUCAUUCAGGCUUUUCAUUAUCACUUUUUGUCCCUUCAAAUUAUUUUGAAUUCAUCUCAAUACUUAACUUAAUUUUGCUUGCUAUACACUUUCGUUUAAAAAGUAUCCCCUAAAAGAUCCUCGACCAAGUAACAGAUUAUUUAAUCACUGAUAAUGGUUGUGACCAGGUUUCUGACAAGAUGUUGAAUAAUUAUUAGAAAUUUGAUGCUGUUCAUGUUGUUGACAUCAAUCUAGGAGCCCCAGAUGUGGUCGAAAUAGACGAACUGCAAGGCGAAACAACAGACGAUACAAUUACCCUAAAGUGGAAGGAGCCAAAAAGUAAUGGAAAAGUUAUUACCAUGUAUACAGUGUACAAAAGAGUUGUGACUGAUGGGAAAGUGGGACAGUGGACAGAAGUAAGGAAAAUCAGAGAUGUUUCUGUGAGAGAAUUGAAAAUCACGUUGGAGAGAGGAAAGGUGUAUCAGUUUGCCAUUACUGCAACUAAUGAGCUUGGUGAAAGCCUGAAACAAGAGAAAGCAAAUAUCCAGCAGGUCAAGACAGAAGGAAGUAUGUUCAAAUGAAUCUCAUUUUCCUCUUUCAACGGUUUGUCCUUUUCUUUACUAAGUUCUCUAGCACUCUCCGUGUCAUCAACAUCGAGGUUUUUACGGGUGAAUUCUUCGCUUAUAAAAACCUGAAUCAAUGAGAAAAAUUUCACUUACAUCGCGGUUGAUAUUUUUGUGCCUACUGCAAGAAUAUAGCAUAUCCAUUAACCGAGAUCUUAGUCAUCGGCUGGCACACACAGAUAGUUUUAAGUAGUUUACUGACGCAUGCUAAUCUGAAUCUGGGAAGAGACCUCGGCAACACUUUAGCUUUAUCUUCCCACACUUAAAUUAACUGCUUUUUUCUUUCCUUUGCCACCAUCACUAAGUUGAUGCCUCUCUCCCACAGAAAAAUGUUCACUCUCCCACACUGAAAUCCGAGAACUUUUCUCUCAUUUUCACCACCAAGGCACUUUAUUCUUUAUACCGAUGAGAGCAGCUUUGCACGUAACCCCCUCUUCGCGCCAUAAUUUCGACACCAGUUUAUUGAACCAGGAUACUCAGAAGUGACCCAUUGUCGGCAAAUUCGCUCUUGGUUAAUGAAUGAAUUGCCAGUAAUCGGAUCCUUGUGUUUGCGCAAAGAUUUCUGGGAUCGCCACGGGGCAAAUAUUGCAACUGGCUAGAAGGAAAUGUAUGGCGGAAGUUUAUUCGGACGUUCAACAAAACGAUUUUGGGGAGAGGUUAUCGCUUUUCGCCGCUUUUUUUUUUAUCAGAAAUAGAUUUGGGUGAUGUUGACACAAGGGAAGCAUAAGUUUUUGUUUGAACAACCAUGAACUAUUCAAUAAAAUCUAUAGAUUGAAUUUUCUCCAUGCGCAAGGUUUACUUCGAAAUUCAGAAAUGUUAACCACAAAUCGCCAAGAAUUAACUCAACAAAGCCUUUAAGUUUUUUUUUGACAAUUAUAAAGUCUACUUCUAGCUUUUUUCUCGGCUUGGUAAUACAAAAGAGCGCUAAAACAGCUACCUCGAGGCAGCUGGAGAGUGAAAUGGUGUGUUUCAGCAUUAAAUAUUAUCGUGGUACAUUAAAGUGAUUAAACACUUACAUAACUUCUUUUUUGUGAUCAGUGAAAAUGAACCAGCGUAAUCGGCUAAAAAAUGAAACCUUUAUUCUGUGACGAUUAUUAGGUAUAAAUAGGUCGCUAAGGAGCGAUGCACAACUGAAUUGAUGUUCACAGUUUCGGCCGGAGUUCCCGUUAUCUUGCUGUUGCUGAUAAGAUCCUCCAAAGAGUUCGAGGACACAAGUUGCAGCUAAAAAACCUUUGGAUUUUUCUCCAACAAUCUACCACUUGACCUAGGGAUUUCUACUUGAUUUUCAUCGCUUAUUUCAUCCUUUCAGAGAGGAACGAAUUCUCUCCUUUAAUGAGGCAGUACAUACAUAAAUACAACCGAAAAGUCUUAAAUGCGUUAUUUCCCGGCGAUUUAUAACUAAUCAUGUAACAUGUCGAGACCAUUACGCGAUGACGAUUUCACAAUAGACCUUGCGUAAGGAGAGAAGUUUAUCGGUAUAUUUUAUGACAUAUUUCGUGGUGAUUCUAAUAAAAAAUUUCACUUCCCACGCAUCAACAUCAUUAUUAAUCAUUUGUGAUAAAACUUCGGGGAAGAAGCGUUUAUCUCUCUCCAAAAUUAUUUUUUUGGUCGUCGAAACAACCUUUCGCCAUCUAUUUCCUUCUGGCGAGUUGCAAUGUAUGUCCCAUGGCGAUAUCAGAAAUCUUUGCGCAAACACAAGGAUCCUAUUACUGGCAACUCAUUCAUUAAUGAUGUAUGAUCGCGCUGCCUCACCCUGCGAACAGAGAGGUUGUCAAUCUUUUCACUGGUUUGUUUUCUUCGGUGAAGCCAUAAAGCGUGACACAAACUUCUUCUCUCAAGAUCAUGAAGCGGUCUUAGGUCUUAGGUCUUAGGUCUCAGUCAAAGUGAGAUACUCUGAUUGGAAAUGGAAUCUCGUCAAUUUCUCAGCCUAGAGAAAAAGAUCAGUUAACGAUUGGUGGAGCAAAAACAGAGAGACAAAAAAGAGAAGAUAGAAAAAUACCCAACAGUUCCUGAGAGAUGGAGAAUUAUCAUUUGUAUUUGGUUGAAAGAAAUUGAAAAAGAUUCAAGCGUCAGUGCUUCUUCUUUCUUGUUCAAUGGUAAAAAACUUAUCAACUUUUCAGCAACUCUUUCAACAGAUGCGGAAUUCGUAUGGGGAUAUUACACAAAAAUAGUUCGAGAUCGUUUUCGUGAAGGACUGCUCUCAAUGUCACUGUCGCUGCGAGAAGAUACAACGAUGAUAUUUGAAAAAUCAUCUCCCAAACCAUCAACUCCCGAUUACGUGACAAGAAGAUCAUUCAAGAGAAUCGUUCAGGAGAAUCGUUCGAGAGGGUCAUUUGAGAUUAUAAUAUUCACACCCUCUUCAGAUCUCACUCGUGAGUUGUGAAGAGGGUGUGAGUAUUAUUCACCUGUGAAUAAUUCAAGGUUGACUUGAAAUCAAGGUUAAAUUCAUGAGUUGCCUUUAAAAUCAAGGUUGUUUUCAAAAAUGCGCCAGAAUCCCCGUUUUCUAUCUAAUAAAGCUCCCUUCCAUUGUACAGAAUGUAUACGAAAUGAGAUAAUUAAUUUUAACCAAACGAAACAAAAUCAAUUUAGUGAGAGGGAAAACGUCUCUUAUCAAGCUGGCCAAAGUUAAAGGUCAGUGCUGGUCAACGUUGUUAUUUUCCAGCCUGGUAACCUUGUUCCCCACAAAUUUUUGUUUUCAUUAUGUUUCUCAAUCUUUAUUUUAUUUUAUUACUAUUUUGCUUUCCUUUUUUCAGGAUCCGGGAUAGACAAAGAAAAAGGUACGUGGAACGCUUGUUGAGAGCACCUUACAACCUCUAUCAAAUAUCACUACAUAUGAGGGUAACUACAUGCGAAAUCGUGCUUUGAUUAUUCAAAAGGUGUUCACUUUCCCAAGCUUUUAUAGGGAUAGUUUCUUUUUCGAGUUUGCGGAAAAUUUAGAUCUCCUGCAUAUUUGAUCCUUGUCAAAGGUAAGGUCAAAUAUGUUGUUCAGAUUUGAUAUCAAUUUUUGAGGAGCAUCUUGAACGAUAUCAAAAAUUUUACGCUUUUGACUCUGUAUUCUAUGCUAGUCAUGGGCGAUUUUAAAUGUGGAAAGUGUGUGACAUUACUUUUGACGCGGGUCAAAGGUAAAGCCAGAUAUGGAAGAACUUUGCUGAUUCUUGUUAACGUCUAUAACAACUGCAUAGCAAAGCAGUAUUUUAAAUUGCCACGUAUUUAUUUUUGACUUUGGUCAAAAGUUACGUGAAAUUACAUUCUAUCUCAUAUCUGAAAUGCGGAUGAGAUAAAUGACUAACAGAUAACUGACCAAGGUUGUGCAAAAUAUCGUGAUAUUUGCUAGUGGUGAGAAGAUGAACUGUUUGUCAAAGCUGAAAGUGGGAGUACAUACUGGUUGAUCUGCGAAAUACCAAAAAAUGACGAUAUUAUGCAAAAACCGAUAAUAACUGACAAAAGAUGAGACGCAUGGAGAAUUCAGUCUCAGUGAAGAUGACCUGAUAUUGGAGGAAUAACUACCGGAGCCCCAUCUAUACGCCUGCCAGUUCAUAUGAAAGUAAGUAACAUCAUAACCCUUCUGCUCAAACAAAAACAUCAGUAAAUACAACCCCUGCUGCUACCAGAAAAAUUUGCUUUCAAGUUACACUUCUCAUUACUUACCGCCGAAUGGUUUUCGUCAAAAAGUAACGACUCAAAUGAAAAAAGCAUGAUAAUCUGCUUAGAGUAUUGAUGAAAACAUUUGUUUCUGCCUCGGAAUACGUGAAGAUAGAAUAAAUCGUUGGAAAUGACGCUUUUGGUCAGGUUAUUUUUAUAAUCGGGUGCUAAACGAAAGAGAGGGUAAGAGUCUACCCCGACCUAUGGUAUGUUGGAACAACAACAUAAACGUUCUUCGUCAAUUUACAGUACUUACCCCAGUUCAUACGUCAGCACGCGUUUAUGACGAUGAAAUUAAGUACAAAAUCUUACUUUUUCCAGUUUAUUAUGUAUUUAUACUUAAACAGGCAUCUCAAGUUAAUUAAAUAAAGUGGUAUUAAGAGAUGUCGAACCAAGCCAGCCUGGUUCAAGCAGACUCACCCAGGUUCUUGCAGAGUACAAGGAUCUCAGGGACGCCAACAGAGAUCAUAUUAAAGCGCAAAAUGCAGUCCCAGGUGCUGAGUAGGUGCCUCUACGUCCAUUCACAUGCUCCUGGGAAGCUUUUAGUGAUCACGUGACCAUAAGAAAGCGUUAUUAGUAGUGUUGCUUUCCGCCAAGUUAUCAAGGGAACUGUAGUGGGACUUCGAGGGAGGCCUGGGACGAUUACAGUAGCUAUAAAGAUCCAAAAAAGUAAGAUCUAUUUUCUGAUUUCCGGACGUUAGGGAUGAAAUAACAACCGUUUUGUUCUGUUUUGUUCAUUCCGAUUAAAUUAAAGGGUUCACUGUAGGUCUAACUGAAAACCAUCCCCUAACCUUAAACCUAAACCCCAACCCUACCCCUAAGCAAUAGAACGGAGUAUUAUUUGAAGUUUUUCUCAGCCACUUGAUUUUUCAUCGUUACGUUGCCAUUUUGCCCAUUGCUAACGUUGCUCAUGGCUUUUAACUUCCCAGUCAAUGCUGCAGAAUCGGACAAAUCGGAGGUUUGAUGAAUGAACUUGAGACAAUGAAGCAGCUGAAACCAUACCCUCACGUCAUCAGACUUCUGGGAUAUGUUGUGGAAUCGGUAUGCUCAAUUAGGUUGUAUGGGUCUCAUUGAACUUUGCGACAUAAAGCGUAUGAGGCUGAUUUUAUUACAGAUAUUCUUUUAUUUUGGCUCGUUUUUUUUGGGACUUAAGGUCUCUCGUAAGUGAUUGGAUUAUUUGCUUCACACUUUAGGUGCACUUCGCAGAGUCACAUCUGGUAUCUAUGGAAUAUGUUUCAUUUGAAUGAGUCAGCCGUGUUUUGUCUCAGCUUUCCGUUCGAUCAUCCACCGAGACCUCGCGGUACGUAAAAAGAAACAUGCAAAGUGACAGACUUUGGAAUGGCUAGAGACGUCCAGCAAGAGAAUAUCUAUGAAAGAUAGGUAAAGGUAAUCCGAUUAUUGCCAGUGGCUAAGAUUUAAAAAAAAAGUCUUCCUCUUCUGAUCUUUUGCGAUGAAAGAUGAAGUAUCAUUACUUUGAAAUCUACCGCCAUCAAAAAUAUGUCUGAUUUACUGCCUAAUGAAAACGUUUACAUCCAGUUUAGCUUCCUAAUAAAGGGCUGGACCAUCCCUCUGUAAAGAGGAAGCUUAGGAGGCGUUGUUGUACGGCACCUGUACCACAAACACUGGCGUGUAAGUGAAAUUUUUCAUUUCUUUUGGUGACAGUAGAUUAUUAAUUAUUUUACAGUUAAUAACAAUUGCAUGGCCAAGUUGUAAUUUUGAAGCUUUUCCAAAGAAGAUAUUGAUUUUUAUUUCAUAUAUUAUUACAUUUUAACAUAUUGGUAAUUGAUUCUAUGGGCCCACUACCAUAACCUAUUUUUGCUUUGUCAGGUGGAAUUAUAGAGUUGUCUUAGACGAGAUUUUCACCAUAGUUAACACCUGAUGAAAUUUGAUUAGACUGUGACAGUGGUUUACUUUAGACUGGAGUACGUUUCUUGUACUAUUCUUCAAACUUAUGUUUUAGAAUUGACCAAAGGAGUCCAUUCGGGUGGAGAUAAGAAUUUGCAUUCUGCUCCAGAUGAAGAAGAAGGUACUGAGUUGAGGUUUAUAUCCUGUUGCACUAAGAUGCACAUUAGUUCUUUUUCAGGUGGUUCAACGAAUCCACGUUUUGAUGACAGGGAAAUUGCAAACUUGCUUCAGCAGGGAUUCCGAAUGCCUAAAACACAGCACAUAGAUUUGGCACUUGUCCCUCUCUUUCCUUUUUUAUGCUCAUUGAAAGAAACAUUAUAUGUAUCUCGCUGUCAUAAUAGUGCUCAUUAUAUGUGUAGAUCGAUAUUAGCUACCGGAUAAUGAUGAGAUGCUGGCAAAAUGACCCGGAUGCGAGACAAACAUUCACUGAAUUGAAAAGAGCUUGAAGACAUAGGAACCCUGCUCGAGGUAAGACUUGUGAUGGACGUGGCAAGUUACCAAUUUCCUUUAAAUCAACGUUAUCCCAUUCAGAUGUCCUCUUUUCUGUUAUAUCAGCAAGGUUCCACGACCAGCAUUGUUAACAAAAAUCUCUCUCGGGAUUGUUUUUGAUGUAAUUUUUCACUGAUAAGGGUAUCAGUAUAUUUCAGCAAUAGCCCUUUAAUCUUAUUUGAUAAGGCGAUCGGAUGAACGUAAAACUUGGAUUCGAUUAAGGAAUUGUUAACCCUUUGAUAAUUACACUAAAUCCGUGUGUAAUUGGCCCUGCACGCUGAUAGCGCAUUCGGUGACUGCUCUUAGCGUAAAGGAGGCAAAAUAGUCUUAACACUUCUGUUAAAAUUUAUUUUUCCUCUGCAGAUGCUGAUUAGCAUGAAAAUGUGGGACAAGAAUUUGGACGCAAGAGUUGAAGAUCUAGUAGAAUAGUUGGGUAAACGUACUCAGGCUUUUGAGGGUCAACUGUUUGAACACCUCGCAAUCAACAUGUCAGCCUAAAAUGGUCACUGGGUCGGAGACGCCAGUGUUUAUUUAGCGGUUAAGCUAAUGCUUAUAACUGUUCGCAAGAAAGUCGAAACGAAAAAAUGAAAUGUUACUAAUGGUUAAAAAGAGCGUUUUCCAAAAAUCACUUGAAAGAUCUUGUUUUGAAGAAUUAGCGGAAGUUUUGUCUUCAAAAUUGUUCUUUGCCUGUUUCUUAUUUUUACAAGUAAUGUAACUCGACGUUGGUGCUGACACUCGAUCAAAUUGGUCUUAAGUUCUUUUCCAAAAGAAAUUAUGAAAGUGGCUUUUAAUGUAAGGUCUGAAAAUUUCUGAAACGAAUCUGUCUGCAUGAUGAUGCCUCGCAAGGAACGUCUGAAAUAAUAGCUAGCAAUCCCAUGUGUGUUUAUCUUGAUUAGGUUUGUAGAUCGUAAUUUAUCUCUGAGGACUGACCUGAGCCAGGCAGCCUCACCUGAAAAGAAAGUAAUACAGCUGAAUUUAUUAAAAUGGCUUCUUCUACAUUUAAGAGACAUUUAUGUUUCACAGUUACUACAGAACAACAAAUGUAGUCAAUAAAUUUCAUGAAGUCAAUGACAAACACGGUGUACCGUCUGGUCAGUAUUUUCGUUUUCUCAGUUGCACUUAAUAACAAUACGGGACAAAUGAUUCUUCGACGACCGAGGAAGAGUUGGGAAAGGGGGCAAGGAGCUCCUCGCUUUUCAGGAAAUAUCCACCGAGCAUUUUGGAGGAAAUUUUUCUCUGGCCAAUGCUGCCAAUGCUUAAGUUGUUGAAGGGAAAAGUGACUUAUUGUCAAGCUUUUUAAAAAUACCAAAAAGUCAAACACAAGAUAUGUGUUAUAUCACAUUGAACAGGUAUAACCCUUAAAGAUUUUUUCUUAUGUUGCUCAUCAUGAGGUUGUAAUGUUCUUCUAUUUCCCAAAGAGUGUAGCAUUUUAUCUAUAUAUCUGCAUCUCGUUAAAGAGGUUAUUGCUCAUUGUGGUGGUAAGUAAAAAUAAACUGUCUAAUCGUUUGCCUCACGAUGUAGUCACUUG